AUGGUAGACUCGUGCCCAUGUUGUGUGAACAACUCUGCACGAGCACCUAAGGAGGCUUACCUCCUUACCAGCCCGUGGUGGCGCGUACGUGUCUCUACUGAGAUGUACGAAGGGAUUGACAACCUGAAAUCCCUUUACGACCGUGCCGGGAAGACUUUCUCCGGCGGUCCUUCUGCGGCACAGGAUGUGUCGCGUCGUACUGCUCGACCAGACCCAGUACGUCAACCAUCAAUUGGGAGCGGGGCUCCCAAGAAUCCCAGGACGGGGGAUAGCCGCGCCACCGGACGAGGUAACUCGUCCGACGUCCGUUCACGUCGCGGUGGUUCAACAGCUGCUCUACUAGAUAGCGCUGGCCACCGCGAGAGUCCUCUAAUGGAGGUGGAGGAGGAGGAAAGACGCUCUCCACACGAUCAUGUGGAUCGGUGUGUUCCCGAGAGCUUCUUUGAUCGCGUAACGCAAGGGCUACGCGACGAUCUCGAGCAUGAGCGGAAUAGGCGUCUCCAGAUGGUGGACACUGCCUCGAAGCAUCGAGCUGAGUUUGCCUUUGCUCAGCUUGAGAACGAGAGAUCUCUGACAUCUCUUCGUGACGAGCUAAGGGUAGCUCGUGGGAUUGUUGAUCGGUCUCGGGCUGAGAUAACUGCUCUUCAGACCCUUGUUGAUGCCCACCAUCGGGAGCACAAGGCUCUCUGCGAGAUGCUUGAGCGCAAGGGCGUUCUUCAUCGGAAGAAGCAGCGUACUGAUGGUACGGCUUAA